AUGAAUAAUUCUUCCACAAAGUCCGUGUCUAAUUACACGAGUAAAACAGUGAAAGUAGUGUUCAUUGCGUUAUUGCUGGACAUUCUAGCGUUCACUAUAAUAUUACCCUUAUUUCCACGACUUUUAGAAGAGUAUAAAGCCCGAGAAGAAGGCGACGAGUCAACGUUACUGUCGUGGUGUCUUAGACAGAUCAGACUUUUUAGAACUAUCAUCGGGGGAACUGCAGGCAAUAAUCCGAAAUGGGACAUUGUAUUGCUGGGUGGCGCACUGGGUUCUCUCUACUCGCUACUGCAAUUCGUUGCUUCACCCGUAAUUGGAGCAUUCUCCGAUAAAUAUGGCAGGCGAGCUACACUAUUAGUUACAAUGAUAGGAAACAUACUGUCGACAUGUCUUUGGGUAUUUGCCAAGUCUUUUGGAUGGUUUGUAUGCUCGAGGAUAGUCGGUGGUUUGAGUGAAGGCAACGUACAGCUGUCAAUUGCGAUAGUAUCCGAUGUGACGACACAGGAAUCAAGAUCAAAAGGGCUGGCUCUGGUGGGCAUUGCAUUUGCUGUUUCUUUUACGAUCGGACCCGCAGUCGGGGCAUAUUUUGCAUCAAAGAAUCUUGCCAAGACGUUUCCCAGUUUAGUUGAAUGGGGACUGAACCAAUAUUCCGCCCCAGCAUUUGUUGCUCUAGUAUUGCUCACGGUCGAAACGCUAUACCUUCAUGCGUUUCUGCCCGAGACUGCGAAUUUGCGGGAAGAAAAGACUGCUUCAGAUGACGGCAAUAGUACAAAAGAUUCGACGAGUACUAGGAAAAGCGCGUACGAAGCUGUUGCUUUGCUACAGCAAAUGGAUCGGGAGCGUACGCAACAAUUGAAAACUCUUCGUCUGCUAAAGCUGAUUCAUUUCUUGUACUUGUUUAUAUUCUCUGGAAUGGAGUUUACUUUGACAUUCUUGACGUUCGAUCUGUUUGAUUUUUCCAACAUGGAGAAUGGGAUACUUCUUGGGUUUAUAGGCAUAUUAUCGGCUAUCAUUCAGGGUGGUUAUGUUCGUCGUAAAGCUCAUGCGAUUGGAGAAAAGAGAAUAGUCGUGCAGGGAAUUUCUGGGUGUGCAAUUGGAUUGGGUGUUAUUGGUAGCAUGACUCUAGGAGAUAACGGGAUAAUUUGGUUGUAUAUUGGGGCUGCAUUUUUAGCGUUUACCAGCGCUACAGUCGUGAAUUGCUUGACGUCUUUGGCUAGUAUGCAAUGUGACGAGUUGGUCGAGAAAGGGCAAGCAUUGGGUGAAUUUCGCUCGCUAGGGCAGCUUGGAAGAGCAGUUGGACCAAUCGCAGCGUGUAGUUUGUAUUGGAUGGUCGGUAGUCAAUUGUGCUAUAUUGCCGGGGCUGUAGCCAUGUUGUUUGUUUUUUCAGUUUUUACUACAUUCGUUCCGGGUAAAGAGAUUACCGAGGCUGCAAAAGACAAAUCCGAAUAA